AGCAACACAAUCAAUUUAAUACCAGUAAACGACCCAAAACCUUCCUUCCUAAAGCUAUGAAAUGAAGGAAGAAAACAACGGUGGUCUACGAUCAGCUAGCGUGCUCAUCCCUUAUUAUCUCCUCCUUCUGCUAAUGCGAAUAUCCCUGCCCGGUGAUGUUCAUAAAAGAUCCCUGUCAGUGAAGUGGCUCUUGUUCGACAAACUCCUCUUUGUUGGUCCUGAGGAUGCCAACUCGGCAGUUCUCUCUUGUUCCCUCCUCGCCGGGAGAUGUUCUAUUCGUAUGGGGAUGUCUCCACAAGUAGGGUUCAUCUAUCAAUUGUCUCUCGAAGGGGGAGACCUCUCGCUACAGAUACUGUAUAACAACAUCUUGAACAUCCGGGAAAGCCAGAGACUGAUGCUUGCUUCAAAGUCGAACAACUAUGAUGGCAAGACGGGAGGAGGAGAUUUAUACUCUUACCUCAAAAAAUGGAUUCGGCGGCAGGUGGCAGCAGAGAGAAUCCGGCUGGCAGGAGUGGUAUCAAAGACUGGUUUUUCCAUAUCUGUGUGUGGUCCAGGUAGCCGUCCUUUAUUGUUAGAUCGAGCACCUACCAACCACAGAUUGGGCGUACAAGCGUUUCAACCUAUUCAUUCAUCCAUUCCUUCUGGUGUGCCAUUUCUUCACAUCCAGAAGUUCGUAGGGGAUCUAAUGCGGAACCUUGAGGGAGAUCGCUUCCUCCCUGUAAGCUCAAGCAGGAGCUCGUUCACUUCUCCUCGCCAGCUAUCGCCCUCGACCCAUGCUUCUUAGACUUUCGGUCAAUGAUCGAGUCUGUAAAUAGGUCCAGCUCUAAGGGUCCCAAGAAGGGGCGGGGAAGCACGAUCUGUGGAGCGCUGAGAGUUCCGGGUUCUAUUAAUUAAUAAUUAGAUUGUGCCAGG